GUGUGUGUCUUAAUUGUUAAUUAUUUGCGCCUCAACAUCCUUUAAACACUUCGCGUCUGUAAUCUAAAAUCUCAAGCCGGCAUUGAUAUUUAAAACUCUAUCUGAACUUUGCAGCAUCAGAUUCUUCGAAUAUUUUAACCUUUCCAGCUCUUUCUUUCACAUUUCGAGAUUUUACAGGCUUCGAAAAGAAAUAAGUAGGUUUCAUUAAAAUUUUGAAGCAGGAGGGAUUGGAAGAUGCUAUUUGAUUAGCUAAUUGAGGUGAAGUGUUGGUUUCUUCAAAGUUUUCCAAAGUGGGAGAAUUUCUGUGUGUAGGGCUCAAACAUGAAUGGCCCUUCAGAUCCUGGUGACGCAGCAGGUUCUUCAGAAUCCUUUCAGCAGAACAAUUUCGUAAGGCAGUUUUCUAAGGCAUCUUUGUGUGAGACAGAUGAAGAACAGGAUGAUGGCAGUUAUGUGCCAGGUCCUCUGGUGUCUUUGAAGGAACAGUUGGAACUUGAUAAGGAAGAUGAGAGUCUUAGAAGGUGGAAAGAGAAACUGCUUGGUUGUGUUGAUUAUGACUUUUCUGAAGAAAGCAUGGAACCAGAAGUUACAUUUCAAUCUCUGGGGAUAAUAUCGUCUAGCAAUCAAGAAGUAAAUUUCUCGUUGCUGCUUGAGAACAAUGGGAUAUCCAUCACUCUGAAGGAAGGCUGCAACUAUUACUUUAAGUUCAGUUUUAUGGUACAUCAUAACAUUGUUUCCGGUUUACAAUAUGUGAACACAGUUUGGAAAGCUGGACUCAAAGUCGAUCAUAUUCAUCAUAUGUUGGGAACGUUUAGUCCUAGGCAAGAACCAUAUGUACAUGCCUUGGAGGAGGAGACAACUCCAAGUGGAGUUCUUGCUCGUGGAACAUAUACAGCCAAAACAAAGUUUAUAGAUGACGAUGGAAGGUGUCACCUUGAAGUAGAUUAUUCUUUUGAGAUUCAGAAGGACCGUUAGAAGCCCUUGAAAUUCAGUCUGUUCAUGACAUCAAUAUAUGUCAGGGGUUUUGAUUUGAUAUAGGUUGUAUUUGUCGAUGGUGAGAUUAUACUUAUUUUAGAUUCUAUCUUCUUCACCAUGCUCACUUAAAUACAAAUAUGUCUGGUUUUUAGCUGUAGCCUUAAAAGACAGCUUUUAAGAUGUAUCAAAUGUAAAAAAUAUAUGUUGUGCUCUUACAUUUCACAACUUAAAAUUUAUUUAAAUGAUAUCUUUGCUUCUUGUGUCUA